UCGCUGGAUAGCGCUCCUGACCCCUAGAGAUGUGAUCCCGGUAUCGGUAUGCCGAAAUAACCGCGAAAUUUAAAUAUCGAACUCGAAGUGACGUUGAAAUCGCAUAGUGAAUAACUUAGUUAUUUAUGACUGACAUUUAUAACUUCUAUUAAUAAAAACUGUUACAGAGUUUUUAUGACACUGAAAUUUUAGAAUGGUGUUGAUAACGAAGUGUAUGUUGUAGUGUUCAAAACUUUUAAAAGUUUAUUAGUACUGUAAUACGUACUUAGUGCUUGAAGAAUAAUAAUUUAAUUAGAUUUUUCAAACGUUAUUUCGUGGUACACUGAAGAAUUAACUAAGCAAAGUGACGAAGGAAAGGAAUCUGACGAAGGAAAGUGACAGUUUCGUUUCGUGGUGCUGCGAAAGCAACUUCAGCACCGAUGAAGCUUGUCAACCAUGAGUGCUUGGUGUUGCAUCGUGAUCAUGAUGGGCACCAUCAACACGGGCAUUCUAUCACCGGCGCCCAUGAACGCUGAAGUUAAGGAGGCUUAUGAUCGCCAGUACUGGUACGCACAAGCACAGGAGACUCUGCAGAAGCGGCUUCAGUACGCGUCAGAAAAAAAUCCUGUUGCGAAGAACGUGAUACUGGUGGUGGGCGACGGUAUGAGCCUGACCACGGCGACGGCGGCCAGGAUACUCCGUGGUCAGCGACGUGGCCAAUCCGGCGAGGAUACGGACCUCGUGUGGGAUACAUUCCCCGCUGUGGCUCUGGCAAAGACCUACAACAUCGACGCUCAAACAGGCGAAUCCUCUGCUUGCGCCACUGCGCUUCUCUGCGGUGUGAAAGCACGAUACGAGACAUUAGGUCUGGACGCUGGAGGUCGAUUCAAUAGCUGCGCAUCGGCCAUCAAUUCCAAAGUCACCUCGCUUAUUGAUUGGGCGCAUGAAGCAGGAAAGUCCAGCGGUAUCGUGACGACUGCUCGUAUCACACACGCGACGCCGGCAGCGCUGUACGCUCACGCCCCGUCGCGGUACUGGGAGGACGAUAGUCGGGUGCCGCCGACCGUACGGCGGGACUGCAAGGAUAUUGCUCUGCAACUCGUUGAGAACGAACCAGGGAGAAGUAUUAAUGUUAUAAUGGGUGGUGGACGGCGUCAUUUCCUUCCAAACGUAACUCCAGAUCCGGAGCAUCCUAAUCGCGAAGGAAGAAGACUUGACGGAAGAAACUUAGCGGAAGACUGGGCAAGAGAAAAGAAGAGAAGGCGGUUACGGGCGCAGUACAUUCAUACAAGAGAACAACUUGCUAAGUUAGAUCCAAGAACAGUAGAUUAUUUGUUAGGUUUAUUUGAAUACUCUCACAUGGAGUUCAACGCAGAGCGCGGGGCAGUGCUAGACACUGAAGAGGGAUCAGCUGCCAGUACAUCUGUAAAAGCAGAUGACCCAUCGCUUGCAGACAUGACACGAGCUGCCCUUGCGAUACUAACAAAAAACGACAAGGGAUUCUUUCUCCUACUUGAAGGUGGAAGAAUAGACCACGCCCAUCACUACAACAAUCCGUACAGAGCGCUCGACGAGACCUUAGAAUUAGAGACUGCUUUAUUGGCAGCUUUAGAGAAAGUGAAUCCAGCAGAGACUCUUAUAGUGGUCACAGCGGAUCAUGGUCAUGUUAUGACGUUUGGUGGUCAAGCCACUCCAAGAGGACAUCCAAUAUUAGGUGCUGACACAGUAGUAUCAGAUAUUGACGGUCUCCGGUACACGACACUGCUGUAUGGCACUGGGCCAGGUCAUUCUGAGCCUCGUGCUUUGCCAUUAAAUGGGACAUCGACCACCCCUGCUGACGCAGUGCACGCCGCAGCUGUGCCGAGACAGUGGGCGACGCAUGGUGGGGAGGAUGUGCCUAUUUAUGCUUUGGGUCCAAUGGCAACAGUGUUAUUCGCGGGAGUAGUGGAACAAAGUUACAUCCCGCAUGCCAUAGCAUAUGCGGCAUGUCUCGCUCACCAGGCCCGGCGGUGUCAAGAGAAUACUUUUAACUUCACAAAACCUCAGGUGAAAAUACCGAAUUGUGUUCCACCUGAAGUUAGCAGCGUGUCAGCGGCUGAAGAAACAAGAAACGAAGGCUCAAGUGGUAGACGCGUUAUCGUCGCUUCGAGCGUCAUGUCUGACGAGCGUGUUCCGCGGUCGUCCGCCUCGCUUGUCGCUCCGCUUAUGACGUCGCGCUACCUUAUAGUGUUUGCUCUAAGCCUCUUAAGUCACUUAAGUGUUCUUUGGGUCACUGUUGAUAAAUCUGUGUGAUGUCAAACUCAGACGUACUUGUGGGUACCUAAAAUAACCUUUUUGUACAGGGAUCGUUUGUAGAUAUAAAUGGCACUAAAUCACUGUAAAUAUUAUAUUAUGUAUUUGAUAAAAUCUGUAAAUAAAUUACUAUAAUUCA